UCGGGGGGGCGGUGACAUACUUUACCCGUCAUCGUCCUACAUAUUAUUUUAGUGGAUUUGUUAAAAGGGAAAAAUAAGUGAUUAAUAGUGUAAAUAAUUAGUUUAUGUCAGGUCUGAACGUGAAGAUGGCGGGGCAAACAAUUAACGACAGGCUUUUAGCCGCUCGCCACAGCAUCGCUGGGCAAGGACUGGCGAAAUCCGUUUGUAAAGCCACUACUGAAGAAAUGAUUGCACCUAAAAAGAAACACUUAGACUAUCUCGUCCACUGCACAAACGAGCCCAACGUAUCCAUACCGCAGCUGGCCAAUCUACUGGUGGAGAGAACUCAGAACACCAACUGGGUGGUGGUGUACAAAGCCUUGCUGACUGUGCAUCAUCUACUAGCAUAUGGCAAUGAGAGAUUCACACAAUAUCUGGCGUCGAGUAAUUCAACGUUUCAACUAAGUAAUUUCUUAGAUAAAAGCGGGGUGCAAGGCAUAUGUGAGAUAGCUGUGUCAAUUCUCGGAUACAGUAUGAACAGAAAAUCUGAAACGGAUGAAACUGGCUAUGACAUGUCUCCGUUCAUCCGGCGCUACGCCAAGUACCUGAACGAGAAGGCGUUGUCUUACCGAACUGUUGCCUUUGACUUCUGCAAAGUUAAGAGAGGUAAGGAGGAGGGUUCCCUGCGUAUGAUGAACGCGGAGAAGCUGCUGAAGACUCUGCCGGUGCUGCAGGCGCAGCUUGACGCGCUGCUCGAGUUUGACUGUACAGCCAACGACCUCACCAAUGGCGUCAUUAAUAUGUGCUUCAUGCUACUCUUCAGGGAUCUCAUCAGAUUAUUCGCAUGUUACAAUGAUGGCAUCAUCAAUCUCCUGGAGAAAUAUUUCGAUAUGAACAAGAAGAAUUGCCGCGACGCGCUCGACUUGUACAAGAAGUUCCUCAUCAGGAUGGAUAGAGUCGGUGAAUUCCUUAAGGUGGCAGAGAACGUGGGUAUAGACAAGGGCGACAUCCCGGACCUGACGAAGGCUCCCAGCAGCUUGCUGGACGCGCUGGAGGGUCACCUCGCCUCGCUCGAGGGCAAGAAGGGAUCCGCAGCCAACACUCCCACUCAGACUGCCAGCGCUCAAAAGAACGUAGCGAGCGUGAUGGGUGCACUUUCUUCAACAUCUUCAUCAUUCGGCAACGCGGCGGCAUCAUCACGUAUCGACAGCAACGGAGGCUUGCUGAUCGAUGACUCGCUGCGGCAGCAGGCCCUCGCUGAGGAGGAGGCAGCCAUGACACAGUACAAGGUGCAUUUAUUGCAAGGCGAUGAGUUGACAGGUGACGAGGACUUGUCAGUUAUAAUAAAUAAGGUCCAAUCGCCAACCAACUCCGCUGCGAACAAUCCAUUCCUGUCGACUUCGACACCGCAGAACCAAAACCAGAAUCAAAAUCAAUCCAUAGUGGAUCUGUUCGGACCGAGUCCGGCGGAUACUGUCAGUACCAACAGUAAAGCGUCAGAUGAUCUCUUGUCUCUCGGCAAUCCAUUCGCUGAUAUGUUUGGUGCGCCGGCCGCGCCCGUGCCCGCGCCCACGUCCGCGCAGGGCCCCGCCCCCGGCACGCAGGGCCCCGCCCCCGGCGCGCAGGGCCCCGCCCCCGCCCUGUGGGGCUCCAACGGAUUCGCCUCGUUCCCGCCAGGGCCCCCCACCUCUCAGCCGCAGACCAACAACACAUUUGUGUCGGAAGCUAACUUCUCUAACGUAUUCAAUAACACCACAGAUUCCGCAGGGCAACAACAGCAGCCGGGUAAAGUGCUGACAGGCGAUCUGGACUCGUCACUCGCACAGCUCGCCAACAAUCUCACCAUCAAUAAAACAGCAACAGCCCAAAAGCCGAUGCAGUGGUCAUCGCCGAAGAACGCCUCCAAGCCGGGCUGGAGCCCGCAGCCGAUGCAAGCCACCACCGGCGCUGGUUACAGGCCAAUGGGCCCUGGCAUGGCAUUGCCACCAAUGUCACACACACUGCCCCAUACAUACCAUCCCCCGCAUUAUGUUAUGCAACAACCGGGCAUGGUAAUGGGCAUGGGCCCAGGCAUGAUGGGCGCAAUACCGCCCAUGCGCCCAGCCAUGCCCACGCAGCAAACCAACCAGUUCAGCUAAACCCGACACCUUUUAUAUUGAGUUUGUCAUAACUUUAGAACUUCAUCGGGAUUCAUUUAGACCCGAUAAAGAGUUACAUCUUAUGAGAUUAACAGAUGUAAUUGUUUACCUCAGAUGGUUUUUUGCUUGUUAAAUAUUUUAGUUUUAAAUUAUACAUUUUUAUAUAAAUCAUUAUUUUUUUUUAAAUAUUAAUUCCGCAUGAAAAAAGAUCUAAUGUAAAAAUUAUCAAAUAUAAUUUGCUCAAGUAGAUCUUGAGUUAUAUUUGCUUAAUAAUAAUAAAAAAAACUCAAACAAAUUAUAUUAAAUCAUAUAAAAUGUAGAGUUUUUCAGAGUUCUUAAUACAUACGGGAUUUUUUUAAUACCUAGUUAUUUCCUAAGACUACGAAUCGCAUAAUUUAACAAGUAAUAAAAAUCUUGAGUAAAUUACAAUGAAGAUCUCGAUGAUGUUCAAUGCCAAAUAUCCGACCUGACUACUAAAAUAAGCUACAUCAAUGCAUUCUGAUUUAAUAAUAA